CAGAUAAAAUCUUUGAUGAGAAAACUUCAGAAGCUUCAGGAGAAAGCAGUAGCUGAAGACGAGUAUGAGAAAGCUGAUAAAUUUAGCAGAAGACUUGAGGAGCUACAUAAAGAAAAAAGUUUGCUGAAUUUUCAGCUUCCUUCACAGCAUCCUUCCGUUAGCAGCUUCUUGGACAAAUUCAGAGUCUACGUUCAAAUGACAUUGUAUGAGGGAGUUCAUAAGGAAAGGAAUCCUCCCCUUGAAAAAAGCGAUCAGAAGAUAUUAAGCCUUCCUUACCAUGAAAGGAUACAGAUUCCAGGUACAAAACGGGACCAGCUGCUUGAGGAAAAGAAGUGGAUACAGAAAGAAAUUGAAGUUCUAAGAGCAAAGCUGGUUGUUCUGGAAGCUAAAGAUCAACAGUUAAGGAUAGAAAUUCAAGAACAAGACUGCCAUAUUCAAGAGCAAGAUUAUGAACUGUCUACUUUGCUCAGCUGGCUGUCACUCAAAGAACUGCAGACAAUUGGCAAAGCCCUGGCUGAUAUUUUGGUGGCCUCCCAUAAAAUUCCAUACAGGUUGGAUUUUCCAGAAUCUGUCAAAAGGCUUCAAGAAAAAAUACAGUCCCUUAACAUAUCUAUGACAGAAACGGCUGCUGAAGUAUGUACUAGUCAGAGGCUCUGCAGUACGUUAAAGAAAAAAAUGAGACACAUUGAGAUUCAACUUCCAGCUCUUCUUGAAACAAAAAUGCUUGCUGCAUCAGGAAGUAAUUUCUGUACUGCUAAAGAUCUUGCAGAAGAAAUUAAAUUGCUAACGGCUGAAAGAGACCGCCUGAAAGGGCUGCUCGAUGAAUGGUCAACUCUGAAUGCCAAAAAUGUUCAAAAGCUGGAGAGAGUGAAAGAAUGUUACAAGAGACUGAAGGAAGAAAUGGAGCAAGAGGAGUUUGUAUUUGAGAAAAAAUUGAAAGAAAACGCUCUCAAGUAUAUGGAAGUGCUAGAAGAUAAACUACAAAGCUGUGGAAGAAGUCAUCUUUUAGAAAGAGUAUGUGAAGUUGACUUAGAGGCCUGUCAGCUGUUAAUCCAUGGGUUUCUGCUCAACAAAAAUGGCUCUUAUGUUUCGGAGGGAGAAGAAAGCCAGACUGAGGAAAUAGAGGAUAUGGAAGAUGCCUUUUUAACUUCAGAGUGGGAACAGUCAAAUUGCUUUUCAGUUAAUAGUUCCAAGCAAAAAUCUUUUCGACACCGCAUUAUUGGGAAGAAACACCAAAGUACGCCCUGUGAACUGAAAGAGGAAUUCUAUAUGGUUUCUACAGAAUUCAGAGCAAAAUGCAAAAGAAUAAGCAAGAAGCUGGUAUUCUUGGAAGAGCAACUUCAGCUAGCAGCCUGUAGCUAUGAUGAAAACCUUGUUCAGUCUCUACAAAGAGAGAUCCAGAUGGUGAAGGAAACUCUCCAGGCCAUGCUGGUGCAGCUUCAGCCAACUAAGGAGGCAGGAGAAGAUGCUGCCGCAAAUUUCCUUGAUGACAGCUGGCGUCUGGGAAAGGGAAGCUUAAAGGAGUAGCAAGCAGGAAGACGGAAGGAAGAUUCUGAUUCCGAUUAAUUCACGAUUCUUCCUUGCAAAAAUGGAAUACCAUCUUAGCUGACUUCAAGGAUUUUCACUAUCUCUGCAAAAUUAAUGACAGCCAAUAUUAUGGAGCCGGGGAGAUGGCAAAUAGAAACCGGAGGUCUUCCCAGAGAAAUAGUGGUGCUUGCACAAUUCACCUGGCAGGUUCUAGAAACAGUUUUCAGCAACAGCCCAUCCUUCCUUUCCUAAAACUGGUAAUUUUAAAUGAUGCCUCACAGAAACAUUUGAGUAAUGUCAAUGUGUUUACAAGCUGCUUGGCUUAGUUCUUCCUGUACCUAAAAUGCAGCCAGGAAACCCAUAAAUUCAGAAGUCAAAGGAACAAGAAUUUUUAAGAACAAAAACCCAAGGAUGUUACCACCACUGGUAUAAUUCUAUCAGACAUUGACAUGUGGAUAAGAUUGCCAGCAGAGUAAUAGUUUUUAUGGACAUGAAUGUGUUUCUAGAGAGGCUCUGAAGGCUGGGAACAGCAAAAAACAUAACUUCCUGAGCAACCAGAAGUUGGCAAACGGGCAGUUUCUGGCAUCCGGACAGCAUCCGGGUGGGGGAAUGCCGUUUUCGCACUCCCCAGACUCAUAGAGAGGCUCUGGAGCCAGGUGAGAGAAAAAUGGGCCUUCCCCACCACCACCCCAGGCCCUCUGGAGGCAGGAAACAGCCUGUUUCCCUACUUCUAGUGGGCCCAGAAGGCCCGAAAAUCAACUGGUAUGGGCGAGAGCUGAGCUCAUGUGCCCACUGAUAUGGCUACAUGUGCCAUAGGUUCGCCAUCACGGUUCUAGGGGAACAGAGGCACAGGAUAACAGAACAUCAAUGUUUUCCCCACAAAUAAGUAGCAUCGUUAAAAAACACCUGAUUGGGGUAAAAUGCAUUCUGUUGCAUCUUUUCCUCCAAAAUAUAUUUAAAAGAGAAAGAGACCAAAAAAAAAAAAAAAGCAAAGAAGCCCUACUAACUUGAAGCUGAAACUAAGAAACAAAUUUUGUUAAAUGAAAUGAGGACUGUACAUACCCAUUGGCACUCCGUAUAGCAGUGAUAAUUAAUAUCAAAGGAUCACAUAAUUGCUUUUCAAUUAUUUUCAUUUAGUCUUAAAAACUGAGAGCAAAUGCUUGUUAAUUCUAGAGGCAAAAUUAUUUAAAGAAUUAACUAAUGAUUUUAAAAACUUGAAAUUCUCAACAAUGAUUAGUCUGAUUAAAAUAUACACAAAUGUUUCAAUGCUUUUUAAAUGUACAUUUUAUAUAUAAGCAGAUUCAUUAGUGAUACUUUAUUCAGGUUGUGUACAAAUAAUUUUUAAAAGCUGAUCAUAUAUAGCUUAUUGUAUGUUAAACUUUCAGAGUUUUAACCACGACUAUCCAACUGUAUUUUAUUUAUAUGCACUUUAUUUGAUGUCUUUUGGAAUAAAAAACCCCCAAGAGUUUCUGAAAUUCAUACCAACAAUGAACAGAGGAAGUUUCUGUGUUUUGUUCUUUGCAACAAAGUAAUAAUGUUGUAGCUGCCUAUAUUUUCUCCUUCUGGUUGUAUAUUUGAGUAUAUGUGCACACUGGGGAGCAUAGAGUGAUCUAUGAUUCAGGUGACUGGGAUGAGGAAGGAAGAAUUUAAGAAUGGGGUAGGGCUGGCCUUGUGUCUCUUUAGAGAGAUGUUUAUUUUCUGGACUGGUUUUUUUUUUUUCUGGAAUGCUUUUCUCCUCUGACCCAACUUAGAUCCAGCCCAUUUCAAAUUCAAUACUUCCUAACUGGCUCAAGGUUGACUCAGCCUUCCAUCCCUCCGAAGUCGGUAAAAUGAGGACCCAAAUUGUUGAGGGCAAUAUGCUGACUCCGUAAACCGCUUAGAAAGGGCUGUAAAGGCCUGUGAAGCAGUAUAUAUGUCUAAGUGCUGUUGCUAUUUUGUUUGACAGCUUCUCCCAUUUUACCAGAUUUAAUCCCGUUUGGUUUCUUUUUGAGAGAAUGAUUCUGCAAACAAGCAGAAUUCUGAGUACCUUUAUAUAAUUUAUCUCCAACAUUCAGUUAGGUUGGAAGGAAUAAAAGGUGUCAGAACUGUUCAGUAAUAGGACUGAUGAGCUCCUAAUGACCAAAAUGCAUCUAUUUUCUUUUUAGAAGCAGAUCUUCUUUCUUGCAGGAUAGGGUUAUGUAUGUAAAGGCAGAACAGAAAUUUCAGCUGACUCAUGAGGCAAAAUUGUCUUUGAACAAACAUUAUGAGAUUUACCAGAACUCAGAGGAGUGGUUAUUGACAGACAAUCCUGGGAAAUAACGUGUAUCAGAUCGUAGUUGGAAAUGACUGAAUGAUUGCACAAGAAAAAAAAGCAUUUGGGGAUGAGUAAGAUCAUGCUACUUCUCUACGAAAGUACAUUGGAUUGAUGAUAGUCAUAAUAUAGGUAGUCCUCAAUUUAUGACCACAACUGAGCUCAAAAUUUCCAUUGCUAGGCGAGACACUUGUUAAGUGAGUUGUGUCCCAUUUCAUGACAUUUUUACCACAGUUAAAUGAAUCAUGCAGUUGUUAUGCGAAUCUGGCUUUUCCCCGUGGACUUUUGCUUGCCAGAAGUCAAUUGGGAAGGUUAGAGAUGGUGAUCUCAGACCAGUGCAACCGUCACAAGUGCAUGUCAGUUACCAAAUGCCUGAAUUUUGAUCACAUGACCGUGGGGAUUCUACGACAGUGUGAUCGUGUGAUCAAAUGUAAGUGUGAAAACCGGUCAUAAGUCACUUUGAUUGCUGGUUCCUUUACCCAGAUUGUUGUUGUGUCGUGUCCGACCCAUUGCGACCCCGUGGACAAUGUUCCUCCAGGCCUUCCUGUUCUCUACCAUCCUCUGGAGUCAAUUUAAGCUCACGCCGACUGCUUCAGUGACUCCAGCCAGCCAACCCGUUCUCUGCCGUCCCGUUUUCUUUUGCCCUCAAUCUUUCCCAGCAUUAGGCUCUUCUCCAGUGAGUCUUUCCUUCUCAUUAGGUGGCCAAAAUAUUUGAGUUUCAUCUUCAGGAUCUAGCCUUCUAAAGAGCAGUCAGGGUUGAUCUCCUCUAGGACUGACUUGUUUGUUCGCCUUGCAGUCCAAAGGACUCGCAGGAGUCUUCUCCAGCACCAGAGUUCAAAGGCCUCAAUUUUUUACCCAGAUAGCAAAUCCUAAAAAGUACCUAUCACUUCAGUAUCUAUAUUGUGGAUUCUAAGGCUGGGUGCUGCAUUUGUCAUUAAUUUGGUCUUCUUUACAUUUAAGCUUAAUCCCAUUGUUAACUGUGAACCUUGACUUUCAUUACUACAGCUUGCAGAUCAUUUGCAUAUUUAACUCUCAGAGCACUGGUUGUUGAUGUUUCCUCUUCCAGUUUUAAAACCAUGCUCGUCGUUUUCCAAUCCAGCUUCCCUCAAUAUAUGUUCCACAUGGAGAUUGAAUACCUAAUGGCAGAGUAUAUUAUACAGUCUUGUUUCGCUCCUCUGGCAAACAGGAAAUAUUUUGUCCCAUAGAUGCUUUUUCAAGAGGCAACUGGACCUUCUUGUUUUUCUUAGAAGAAGUUUCGCUUCUCAUCCAAGAAGCUUCUUCAGCUGUGACUGGAUGGUGGGGAAUGGAAGGAUUUAUACUCCUUGCAGACAGCUGGUCAUUUGCAUUCUUUUUAGAGAGUCCUUGAGGCCACUUGGAGGUUUGUCUGCGUCCUCAGGGUCACCUGCGUAGUGCAAAUGUACGUGGAGCCUUCUUGGAAGUUUGUUUUCGGCCCUGUGUCCCUUCACUGUGGAACACAGCCUCUUGAAAAAGCACCUUUGGGACAACCAUGUACUGGAUGACUGAGAAUCUUCAUAGACAGGAAACAUUUUAUUUUGCCAUUCUCCACUUACUCUGCGGCUUCUUGACCUGUGAACUGGUUUCACAUGAACACAAUGAAAUAUUUGGGGAUUCCCAUUUUAUUAAGCGCAUUCUACAGCUCAGCAUGAUCAACACAAUUGAAGGCCUUUCUAUAAUGAACAAAGCACACAGUGGCUCUUUGGUAUUUUUUGGAUUGCUGAAUUACUCAGCAUGCAUCAGUAAUGAUGCCUUGUAUUUCUAGGUCUUUUCUGAUAGUUUGACUAUUGGCACCUCCCUUUCCGUAUAGGGCUCUAUUGGUUAGAUAAUCCUAAAUCAUAUUUUGCUGGCAUGUAAAAUUAAGGAUAUUGUAUGAUAGUUGGCAUACUAUGUUAGGUCAUUUUAUAAAUUUGCUGGCAUAACUUGGUUAGAACCUUUACUGAUUCUUCUGCUUACUUGCCUGGGUAAGUAGUAUUUACUUCUAGUACUAGAAGUUCUUGUUAAGGAGAAAUUCCUAUUAAGGAAUCUCUUCUAAGACAUCUUGGAUGUUGAUACCUCUAUUGUUCAAUAUUUCAAUACUCUUUCCAUCUUUCUUGAUCUUUGAAGCAGUUACUUGAAUGCAUUGGCAUUCUUUAGCUUACCAAUUCAAGAUUGGAACCUCUUAUUGAAUUUAAAAACUUUUUAAAAAUUUGCCUUAUUUUUCCAUGUUUUUCCCCUCUUUUCAGUGUCUUCAGAGUUGUUGUAAUACUACUGCUUAUCUCUUCUGACAGCUCUAUAAAAACCUUUUUUGUGUCUUAAAAUCUUUAUAUUUCUUGUCUUUGGCUUCUUUUCUGUUCUUUGCAAUUUACACAAUUUUUUAUGGCAUUCCACUUUACGCUCUUCCAUUUCUUGAUAUUUGGCAAUCUCUUUUUCAAAUUCAUCAUUAACAUUUAAGUUCAUUUCACAGUUCCUCUGGUUCUAUCAAUGAAGUUCAGGGCUUCAGUGAUUCCUGUGGUUCCUCUUGAAACUGUUGGGUAUGUGCUCAAGAUAAUACGAUGAAACUCAUUCUUUUUUCUUCCACCUUAGCUUAAUUUGUCUUGAUCAGUUUGUGACCUGUCAGCCAUGUAUUUGCUGUUGCAACUGAACUAUUUUACCUUCUUGUACCAAUAAUGCAGUCAAUUCAAUUUUUAUGUACUCCAUCGGCAUUCCAGUCUCCAAUCUCAAGAAACAAGUCUUAUCUACCUGUUCUGUCAGUUUCAAAUUGAACUUGAUCAUAAAACUCAUCAGCUUCUUCCUCUUCUGCUUCAGUGGUUGGAGCUUAAACAUGGAUAUCAUAUUAAACAGUUGUCCUCAAAAUCUAGUUAAUAUUAUUCAAUCAUUGACUGCACUAUAGUUAAGUAAUGUUGUUGUAUCCACUUUUUAAUUAUGAAAACAACAUCCCUUUUGUUUAUAUCCUAAGUUGUAAACCAUGUGAUCUGACUGAGAAUAUCUGAUUGUGGUCCGUUUCAAUGCAGUGAUGCCUAAAAUGUCAAUAUGAAGUUGAUCCAUUUCAUCUUUUACUGUGUUGAUGCUUCUUAAGUUCCAUGUGCUCAAUUGUCCAGAAUUAUGACGGUGAUGAAAAGUAACAUUGCAGCCAAUCCUCACAUUUAUGAC